CUUCACUGCAUGCUUUAAAAUGAAAUAAAUAGUUUCCCAACAAUGUACUUGGAGUGUAUGGCAAUUUUUUACUUAGUGUUUGAAUAAAUGUAGGACAUUGGACAUUGUGUAGAGCGAAUAUCUGGCUGCGAGGUAUUGUUCACGAGGAUGUCGUUGUCAAGGCACCUUUCGCCCCCUUUAACUUCUCUACCGCUUUGCCUGCCACGUUAUUAUGGUGGUGUGAUUUUAGUGGGUGUGGGCGCAUUAGGAUUGAACUCCUACUUCAUCCAACGAGUUAUGAAAGCUCGCAAAGAACAUAAUGUUGAGUUGCCAAUAAUGUACCACCCUACAGACAAAUUAUUUAACUGCAUCCAAAGAGCUCAUCAAAAUUACCUAGAAAUUCUACCCUAUUUCCUCAUGACGCUAUUUGUGGGUGGUUUGCGUUACCCACGGACGUAUACUGCAUGUGGUGUAAUAUUCCUUCUUGGACGCCUGCUCUAUUUUCAAGGGUAUUCAACUGGAGACCCAGCAAAGCGUUAUAAAGGUGUUGUUUCUAUGGUCGGUGGACUCCCAAUGCUUCUGGGAUUGUUAGUUUUCGGCGUUCAACACUUGGUAGCAAGUAUAAGAUGUACUGGUUGUGCAUUACGUAAUUAGAGGAAAUCGGAGUACAUAGAACAGCACUCAUGAGUAUUUGAAAUUCUCAUUCCUUACAAUUAAAUCAUAUUCUUUACACUUUAGUCGUAGUGUGGUGCGCGCUACUUAUAAGUAGUAUAUGACGUGAGUGUCAACGUAAUGUCUGGCAGCAGAAGAUGGGGGAAGAUCAAGAAAGGAAGAGUGGGGAACACAAUGGAAUUUGUAUGAAACGCAUGAAUAGUGAAAUGUCAGACAAUGGACUGAUGAUGGAUUGAAGAUUUGCAAAUUAACGGUUACGAUAUGGUUUUCCAAUUUUACUGAGUAACUCUGUAAUUUGCGAUUAAUACAAUUCGGUUGCCCCCACCUGUGUUCUCCUUCACUACAGUAGCAGUAUUAUCAUUCUCUAUGGUUUACUAUUCAUCUUGAUAACUUCUAAUGUGACAACUAAAA